UCGCGCAGGUCGCAACCAUGGUGAAGGUCGUCGUCUUCCUCGCGGCCGCCGCCGGCGCGCUGAACUUCGGCUCCAAGCCGACGACGGCCGGCACGACGCCCGCGGCCUUCAAGCCGGCGUUCGGCAACCCCGCCCAGAUCGCGCAGCGCGCCGCCGCGCGCCUCGCGAAGCAGGAGGAGUGCAAGAAGGACCUCAUCCCCACGCCGGGCCGCUUCCUCUUCGCCUUCGGCCGGCCCGACGUCCUCGCGGCGCGCCAGGCCGAGCGCUGCGCCAAGUGGGAGUGGAGCUCCGAGUUCCUCGCCAAGGCGCGGCCCGACAAGGCCGGCGUCGGCAACUACGGCGCGGGCGACUACUUCGACGACGGCCUCACGGUCCUCGAGCGCAACCAGAUCGCCUCCGGCAAGGAGUCCUUCCUCACGGGCGGCGCCAAGGCGGCCUACCGCGCGCGGACGGGCCAGUUCUAGGCGUCUUCCACACCCCGCGCGGGUGCGUUAGUUUGUCCCUCUGAA